CUCCGCGCCCGUCGCGCGCUGCUGCCACCUUCCCUGCAGCCACCAAAGGGACCCGAGUCGCCGUUCGAUCGCCCGGAGCCACGGAGAAUGGCACUGAGCCCCACGGGUCUCAGGGAACUCGGCGGCUGGGACUAGUUGCGAUCCCGACCCCUUUCCUUCGCCUCGCCUAGCUUCAGAGCCCGGAGCCCGCCCUCCCUCACGCCCCCUCCUCCUCUCUAAGCGGGCCGACUUCAGGGGUCCCACCGGGGCAGGGUCUCGUCCCUCUGGACGACGGAAAAGAGCGCGGGCUUUGCCUGUUUAACUUCCCCCUCCCCAUCUCGAACAGACACACUCGAGGGUCGGGGGUCACCAGCCCCCUGCCGCAGCAAACCGAGGCACGGGAGGCUACAGAGAGAUCUUGGGGGUGCCGAAGAGAACGCCCGGAGCUGGCUUCCUCGGAGCGGGCGCGAUCUUCCACGCUUGCUUUCCAGACUUCUCCCCCAGCUCCCCGGUUUCGGAUGAGGAGUUCGGAGCCGCGGGAGGCAGACCCGGCGGAGCAGUGAGCUGAAGGAGUUCGGGUGAAGGGGUGUUGUGCUUCAACUCGGCGGUCCCCUUCCUGGCCCAGCUGGGGCAGUGAGUGGGGUAUCUUCUGCCUGCCGCUGCCGCCUGCUUCAGAGGGGGUGGGGACAGAGAUCCCCCACCCCCUUCACCCCCUACUGCCACCCGGGCUGGAGGAAGGAGUCUUUCCGAGGGGGGGGAGGGGAACCUUGCGAGUCUCAGAGGACAGAGCAGGACAUGCAGGGAACCCUUUCUUGGAAACUGUCAGUCCCAAACAUUUCCCCAAGACAUCGGAGUGGGGCGACACCUAGGAUGCCAGGGAUGCUGCUGCUAUUCUCCACUGCUCUGCUUUCCAGCUGUGUUCAGCUACUUGCAGAAGCUAAUUCUUGGUGGUCUUUGGCCAUGAACCCAGUGCAAAGACCUGAAAUGUUCAUCAUUGGAGCCCAGCCUGUAUGUAGUCAACUGCCUGGGCUUUCCCCUGGCCAGAGGAAGCUUUGCCAGCUCUACCAGGAACAUAUGGCAUACAUUGGCGAAGGAGCCAAGACAGGCAUCAAGGAGUGUCAGUAUCAGUUCCGGCAAAGACGCUGGAAUUGCAGCACUGUGGACAACACUUCUGUCUUUGGGAGGGUCAUGCAGAUAGGUAGUCGAGAGACGGCUUUCACAUAUGCUGUGAGUGCAGCUGGUGUGGUCAACGCCAUUAGCAGAGCCUGCCGAGAAGGCGAGCUUUCCACGUGUGGCUGUAGCAGGACUUCCAGGCCCAAGGAUUUGCCCCGGGACUGGCUGUGGGGUGGCUGUGGGGACAACGUAGAAUAUGGCUACCGCUUUGCCAAGGAGUUUGUAGAUGCUCGGGAGAGAGAGAAAAAUUUUGCCAAGGGCUCGGAGGAGCAAGGCCGUGUACUUAUGAAUCUGCAAAAUAAUGAGGCUGGACGCAGGGCUGUGUACAAGAUGGCAGACGUGGCCUGUAAAUGCCACGGUGUCUCAGGAUCCUGUAGCCUCAAGACCUGCUGGUUACAGCUGGCUGAAUUCCGAAAGGUGGGAGACCAACUGAAGGAGAAGUAUGACAGUGCAGCUGCCAUGCGUAUCACUCGGAAAGGCAAACUAGAGCUGGUGAACAGCCGCUUCAACCAGCCCACCCCGGAGGACUUGGUCUAUGUAGACCCCAGUCCGGACUACUGCUUUCGCAACGAGACCACUGGCUCUCUGGGCACUCAGGGCCGGCUCUGCAACAAGACCUCGGAGGGCACGGACGGCUGUGAGCUGAUGUGCUGCGGCCGGGGCUACGACCAAUUCAAGAGUAUCCAGGUGGAGAGAUGCCACUGCAAGUUUCACUGGUGCUGCUUUGUCAAGUGCAAGAAAUGCACAGAAAUCGUUGACCAGUAUGUCUGUAAAUAAUUUGGCAGAGAAGCAUCACUCUUCUGGCCAUUCUCCUCUACUGCUUUUUCUACUCCCUCCCCUGCAAAAAAAUUUUUAUUAUAUAAAUCUAUAUAAAUAUAUUUUAUAUUUCUAUAAAUAGAUGAAUGAUAAAUAAUUAAAAGAAGAAAUUUGAAAGGAAAUGCUUAUUUAAGAGGUACUGCUUCAGGAUCUCUCUGAGGAUUGGACUUGGCUGCUUUUCUACUCCUUGUAGAGGUUACAGACAUUAGGAGUGGGGAGGUUUUUUGGGUCCCUUUGGUUGAUAUUCUCAGGAUAAGGGGUUAGGACCUUCCUACUACCACACAGUCUCAAAAAAGAGAGAGGGAUAAAAGGAGUGAGUUGAUGGAGAAGAAGGCUGUCUCUAGCAGUCUGGAGUACUUCUGGGUUGGGUGGUUGUUCACCCCUGCUACAGAGCCAAAGGCUCGGUGGGAAAUGGGUGGAGGGUUUUGUUCAGAAUGUAAAUUGCAUCUGUAAAAAAGCUGGUGCUUUCUCACUUCCCUCGGUGUAUGUGCAUAUGCAUGCAUAUGUGUGCAUAUGCAUACCGAGAAAUCCCAGGUCCAGAAUAGAAGUAUCAUCUUUUCCCCAGGACUGCCUGGGCACCUAAGAACCUCUGAUUUCUAUAGAUUCCAGUCUAGACUCAUCUUUCAAGUUUCCGGAUUAUUUCUUGUCCACAGGUCUCCACACCUCUCUACAAAUUCCCUGUUCCCAGAGAAAGAAAGGUCUUUUAAUCUGACCUUUGGGAAGGACAUACACUGUGAGUGCCUAGACUGCAAAAAAUCAGGCAUUAACACAGCUGGACUAAUUGAACUUCAUUGUGUUCCCUUAUGGGAAGCAGAAACUGGUGAUGCUGCUGCUGCUGCUUCUCCCAUCAAGAAGGGGGGCCGCCCGAACCGAUCAUGAUGUGCAGAGAAGCCAUGAUUGGCUAGCUGACCUUAAUCCUUGUCUUUGUCCCAAAUGUAUAGUUUCUCUUUGGUAUUAAAUACCUUUCACUGA